ACUGGCCCUCCACCUCAGGCACCGGGGGACACAGCAGUUUUCAAACUGGGCCCGCAUCUGUCCUGUCCUGAGACACUACCUUAGUCAUUCCUUCACUGAACCCCACAAGGACAGAGGUGACAGACCCCUGGGGCCGGGGCUGUGGGGCUGACAAGAUCAUGGCGGGGCCGCUCGGAGGCUUUGUCAUCUCAGAAGAAUUUGGGUCACUCACAGGCUUGUCAGGUGCCAUCCUGGGGAUCGGGGUGGGGAUGCUGGAGAUGACUCCAGGCAGCUGGCUGGGGCACGCUUGGGGUCCGGUUGCUUGGGCCUGUGUAAGCACAUCAGGUGCCCUAACGUGGCUCAGGAUUCGGACUUAGGUUCCGAUCCUGCCUGCCAACCCGUGAGUGUGCUGUGGUCAAUUCCCAGAAGUUCCCCCGAGCGUUGAGAGAGCUUGAGAAAACAGGUGUGGGUGGCUAUACCAGGACUGUGGGCGCAGGACUGUCCCCUCUCCAAGGUGCUGAACCUCCAUCCUCUGCCCCAGGCACCUUACCCUUCCCGAUGACCUGCACUGAGGCUCUGCUGGUACGAGAGAAGCCACAACACGGUGCAGGUUCAGGGGGGAGGCCUCCAGCCCACCCCCAUCUCAGGGUCUACAGGAAAGAGCCCUGCUCCUUGGAAAAGCCGACCUCACCAACCGCCUUCUCCGCCCUCGACAGAGGCACUGCCGGAGGAUGAGUUGACCUGGAAGGGGACUUGGCAGGGCGGUGACAAGGGAGUGGCUCCAGCAGGGAGGAAGGAUGCCAGAACACCCCCCUGACCUGCACCUACCCUGGGCAGCUACCCCAGACCCGACAGUUUCAGGGGCUUGGAACUGCAGUCAUCACGGGGUUGGGGAGCAAGCCUCCAGCUGCACAGAUAAUUCCUUGAGCGGCCGCAGGCAGGUCACUUCCCUACUCUGGGCUCCACGCACCCCAACCCCACACCCUCACUGGACCCGGACCACCUUCUGACACCUGAUCGCUAACUUUGCCAGAAACCCAGGCUUGGGGAUGGGCGUUGUUCCCCCAGGUCUCCCCACUCCCAGGGGGGCCGGGUGGCAUCACGACAAGUCUGGGCCACAAGGCAGAGUGUCAGUUAAAAGAAGAUGCGGUGGCCAAUUACAAAGCCCUGACCCAACACAGGUCUUCGUUCCUUAAACCUUCACAGCUGCCUGUAAGGGUUUCAGGAGGGAGCAAACAGAAAUGCAUCCCCCACCUCCGUCCAGAAGCCAUCGUUGUCACGGAGGCCCCCCUCCGGCCUUAGGAGGAAACACAGAAGUUAAGGGUGAGGGACGGAGCCAAGAUUCAUUCCGGGGCCAUCUGUCAUCCAGGUGCAAUUCCUGGCUCCUGGAGCGUCCUGUCCUCCCUGCCGGAAAGCCGGGGCAAGCAGGAGUCACGGGGUCAAUUCCCAGAAUCCCAGGGUCAGGGAGGCUGGGGGCAGGGCCAGGCACUGGACAAACAGAUCAAAGGUGAGACCAUGAGGCUCCAGAUCCGGCCUGGUCAGCUGGAUGGGUGCACGAUGAGGCUGCUGCUGAUCUUCCUGGGCCUGCUGUGGGGCUCGGCAGCCGCACCACAGGGCCCGCAGUGGCCCGAGCCCGUGUUCGGGCGCCUGGCAUCUCCUGGCUUCCCCGGGGAGUAUGGCAACAACCAGGACCAGCGCUGGACCCUGAGGGCUCCCCCCGGCUACCGCCUGGGCCUCUACUUCACCCAUUUCCACCUGGAGCUCUCCUACCUCUGCGAGUAUGACUUUGUCAAGCUGAGCUCAGGGACCAAGGUGCUGGCCACGCUGUGCGGGCAGGAGAGCACAGACACGGAGCGGGCCCCCGGCAACGACACUUUCUACUCGCCGGCCUCCAGCCUGGAUGUCACCUUCCACUCCGACUACUCCAACGAGAAGCCCUUCACAGGCUUUGAGGCCUUCUAUGCGGCAGAGGACAUCGACGAGUGCCAGGUGCCCCCAGGAGAGGCGCCUCCUUGCGACCACCACUGCCACAACCACCUGGGUGGCUUCUACUGCUCCUGCCGCGCGGGCUACGUUCUCCACCGCAACAAGCGCACGUGCUCAGCCCUGUGUUCAGGUCAGGUCUUCACCGGCCGGUCGGGCGUGCUCAGCAGCCCUGAAUACCCAGAGCCGUACCCCAAACUGUCCAGUUGCUCCUACAGCAUCCACCUGGAGGAGGGGUUCAGCAUCAUCCUGGACUUCGUGGGGUCCUUCGACGUGGAGACGCACCCUGAAACCCUGUGCCCCUACGACUCCCUCAAGAUUCAAACAGACAAAGAGGAAUAUGGCCCAUUUUGCGGGACGACGUUGCCCAGCAGGAUUGAAACAAAAAGCAACGCGGUGACCAUCACCUUUGUCACGGAUCAGUCGGGGGACCACACGGGCUGGAAGAUCCACUACACCAGCACAGCUCGGCCUUGCCCUGGUCCGGUGGCUCCACCUAAUGGCCGCCUCGCGCCUGUGCAAGCCCAGUACGUCCUGAAAGACCGCUUCGCCGUCUUCUGCGAGACUGGGUACGAGCUCCUGCAGGGUCGUCUGCCCCUCAGGUCAUUUGCUGCCGUGUGCCAGAAAGACGGAUCCUGGGACAAGCCGAUGCCGCAGUGCAGCAUUGUGGAUUGCGGCCCGCCGGAAGAUCUACCCAACGGCCAAGUGCAGUACGUCACAGGUCCUGAAGUGACCACAUACAAGGCGGAGAUUCAAUACCGCUGUACCGAGAUCUUCUACACGAUGAGAUCGGAGGAUGGUAAAUAUGUGUGUGGGGCUGAUGGAUUCUGGACGAGCUCCAAAGGAGAAAAAUCGCUCCCAGUCUGUGAGCCUGUUUGUGGAAUAUCAACUCGCACCGUAAGAGGGCGUAUAUACGGAGGGCAGAACGCAAAGCUUGGCGAUUUUCCCUGGCAAGUCCGAUUACUAGGUCGAACUACGGCAGCGGGCACACUCCUACAGGACAACUGGAUCCUCACAGCUGCUCACGCUGUGUAUGAGCAAAAAGAAGAUGCCUCCUCCUUAGAGAUCAGAAUGGGUGCCCUGAAGAGACUGUCAGCUCAUUAUGCACAAGCCUGGGCCGAGGCCAUUUUUAUACACGAAGGCUAUACUCAUGAUGCUGGCUUUGAUAACGACAUAGCACUGAUUAAGUUGAAGAACAGAGUUGUAAUCAAUAGCAACAUCCUGCCUAUCUGUUUGCCACGAAAAGAAGCCGAAUCCUUCAUGAGGACCAAUGACAUUGGAACCGUGUCUGGAUGGGGAUUGACCCAAAGGGGUUUUCUUGCCAGAAGUCUAAUGUUUGUUGACAUUCCAACUGUCGAUCACCAGAAAUGUACUGCUGCGUAUGAAAAGCAGCCCUAUCCAGGGGGAAGGGUGACAGAAAACAUGCUUUGCGCUGGCUUCGAAGGCGGGGGCAAGGACAGCUGCAAAGGGGACAGUGGAGGGGCAUUAGUGUUUCUAGAUAACGAGACACAGACGUGGUUUGUGGGAGGAAUAGUGUCCUGGGGUUCCAUGAAUUGUGGGGAAGCAAACCAGUACGGGGUGUACACAAAAGUUGUUAACUAUAUUCCCUGGAUCAAGAACAUAAUUAAUAACUUUUAAUUCGUUGUGUCUUCUAUCAGAAAAGGAUUCUUUUCAGAAACCCCUUUAAAAGACCGCAGCAGCAACGUGACCCGGGAGACAUUAACAUGGCAGUUACGGCCCUACCGCCAAACCCAAAAGCAAACUGCGGGGAAGAAGGCCACCACGGGUGCCCCUCCCUUGGGGCUUCUCACCGCUUCCUGCCGGAUUCGAGGGGACACAGGCAAGUGAGAUCACCUGUGCCAAUCCCACAGAA